UUGGCCCACAUUAAAUAAUGUGUUGCGCUUCUAACUAAACUAGUGAAUACAAACUUUAGUAAAACUUCCUUGACAACUAAGGUGCUCACAGUCACACGGUUGUAUAACCUCAAACCUCAGACUUCUAGUCAAGUGUAAAAGAUUUGGCAUUUCUAAGUCACUCCCAACCUAAUUUUAAUUAAGCAGGUAGACGAGUUUUCUACGGCAUCCAGCUUUCCUUCACUGUCUGUUUAUCCUUUCAAAGGAGUUGUGCUUUAAUAUGAACCUUUCAAUCUAUUGAUUCCCUCUAUCUAUCUAUCUAUCUAUCUAUCUAUCUAUCUAUCUAUCUAUCUACCUAUCUAUCUACCUAUCUAUCUAUCUAACUCUGUCUAUCUACUUGUCUGACUGUAGGGCUGUCCAAUGCAAGUUAGUUCCACUACAACACAAUAGAAACCAGAGACCCCUGGUAGACACAAGAAUAUUAAGAUGGUAUUUUGUCGAGAUUUCCAUCAACUGAAUUUGACAUCAGCACAGAUUUGUACGUUCAUCAAGAACGUCUCAGCUUGUCAUGACAAUUCUGCCUGGUUUCCAUACAAUGAACUUCUCUACUGUCAGUUUGCAGACUACAUCGGUUGGGGAGCCUUCCUCUUGGUUCUCUGGUGGUUGUUGUUGUUCUUGUUUUUGAUGAUCACUUCUGACCAAUUUUUGUGUCAGUCAUUGCAAGUAAUUACACAAACUUUACACCUGUCUCAGAAUAUUGCCGGUGUCACCUUUCUGGCAUUUGGAAAUGGUGCCCCAGACAUAUUUUCUUCCAUUGCAGCUGUGAAAAACGCCAAACAUGGCGAUGCCAGUUUAGCGUUUGGUGCCUUAUUUGGUGCUGGUCUGUUUGUCACAACAGUCGUUGCUGGGAUCAUUUCAAUAAUAAAACCCUUCAAAUUAAUGGAAAGACCCUUCCUAAGAGAUGUCAUCUUCUACAUGGUAACACUGUUUUUUGCCUUUUAUGUUCUCUGGAAAAAAACCAUCACAAAAUUUGAAUGCAUUGGUUUCAUCCUGCUCUACGUAACGUACACCUGUAUCGUCAUCAUCAGCCGCUACAUCUACGUUUGGCUGAAAAAGGAGGAGAAAUGUCCAUUACUUGACUCCGAUGAUUCCUCAACCCAGUCUGAAAACUCAGAGAAAAACAUCAAAGAGUUCUGUAAAGCUGUCAACAAUACAGAAAUAAGUGGGAGCACUAGUGAUAAGGAAGAACUCCUCAGUGAUGAUGAAGAUCAUAACUGUUUCCAAGAUUUUCUCAGGGCUAUAAACCCCAUGGAAUAUUGUGACUACGCAGAGGCUCCGUGGUACUGGAAAGCUUUUUACAUUAUAAAGGCUCCUUUGUUAUUUAUUCAACUCCUGACCAUUCCCCUAAUAAGUUACGAAAGACCUAACAAGGGAUGGAACCGGCAUUUAAAUUCCUUGCAUCUCAUCACAGGAUCCUUGUUCUUUGUGUUGGCCACUAAUCUCCAUCACUCAUACAUCGGUCAUCUGCCAGUGCUGGUCUUAGCACUGCUGAUCGGGUCCGUCCUGGCAGCCAUCGUUUUCUUCACGUCUUCCUAUACACCCCCAAACUAUUACCCAGCUUUUAGUUUCCUCAGCUUUCUGAUGUCUGUCUUGUGGAUCUACAUAGUGGCAAAUGAGGUCGUCAACCUGUUGAUAACGUUUGGUAUUGUGUUCAACAUGAGUAAUGUCGUUGUCGGUGUAACAUUUCUGGCCUGGGGCAACAGUUUGGGUGAUCUGAUCACUGACAUCACCAUCGCCAAGAACAACAACCCUCGAACUGGUAUCUCAGCCGUGUAUGGAGGACAAAUGUUCAAUCUCGUUUUAGGAAUUGGAAUUCCUUUUGCAAUUUCCACUUGGUCAACACAGGAAGAUUUUAAACUGGUUGUUACCUUGAAAGACUUCAUGCUUGCCGCUUUCCUCGCCUUCACUUUGGUCUCUACCUUCAUUUCAAUGCCAAUUCUCAAGUUCAAGAUGAAUCGUUAUUUCGGAUGUUACCUUCUGGUUCUUUAUGGAUUAUUCAGUGUGAUCACCUUGUUGAUUGAGGUUUCAGUGAUACCAACACCUGUGAUAAAUUGAUACUUUGUCCUGUUUUCCCUGAUUGCAUGUGUGUGUGUGUGUGUGUGUGUGGAGGGGAGCUAUUCUGCCUGCCAAUAAUGGCAGGAAUUGAAAGGAAUCAACGAAUUUAAAAAUUAUAAUCUUGGGGAUGUAAAACCAUGACAAUGUUUUGGUUCUGAUUUGGAACUAUUUCACUUCCCUGACAACAUCAGUGCCUUUGGGAAAUGGAUGGAAAUCACAGAUCUCCACUUCCCACAAAAUGUUUGAUCCCUUGUGCCAAUGUAACAAAACUGUGCCUACCAAAUAUGACCGACUCCAGGGAUGACACAAACGUGCCUCUUCUUUUCAUUACGACCCAACAUUCAAAAAAACCAACUGACUGCCAGACUCUGUCUUCUCCAGUGAAAUAAAUAAUAAACGAUCCUAAUUUAUCAAUUCUAAAAUAAAUGAAGGUUAUGGGGGCAACAGGGAAAGGCGAUGUAUGAACUGUGUGAUACAAACCUCGGAUACUGUAAGGAAUCCUUAAAUAUGCCUAACAGCAUUGGGAAAGAAGUAAAAUUUCAAGAAAGGAAUUGCAAGGUUUUCGUUUCCAAGCGGAACCUACUUUUUAUAGUUUAAUAAUUUUUCUUGUGCAUGAAAAUAUGAACAUUAUGUAAAAUAAACACUACACACACACACACGCACACACGCGCACAUCCUGUGUGCCCCAUGAUGACUAUAAUCCCCAGUCCCCCAACUUUGAGCCCCUGCCAAUACCUGGGAGUCUGGCAAAGAGUUUGACUAGAACAUACAGUAACACACCCACCCUAACAUGGCCGAUACAUACCCAACAGACUUUUUCCCACUACGUUCAAUAAAAGCUCCCACACAUAUUCUGCCCCUGCACACACAAAGGACCCCACGGAUUUAACGAAAUGCAUAAAAGAAAGAAAACACACAAACGAACAUAGAUGUGUAUGCUCCCCCCCCCCAGCCCACUGCAAAGGCUAUAAACAAAAAAAAAAAGCAAAAGAAAAGAAAA